GACGUCAUAACGGAAGUGCCCUUCUUGGGGAAGCAGGAAAUCCAAGGCCUCCGCUGCCAUCGAGUGAAGCGCGCGCUCCCCCUUCGGCAAUUUCCGGAAAGGGGCGCCUCGUCAACACCACAGAAGCGAAAGGGGCGAGCAACGGUCAUGGCUGCGGAGAGCCCCAGCUACCCGCGGAGCUCCAUCGAGGACGAUUUCAACUAUGGCACCAACGUGGCGUCGGCCAGUGUGCACAUCCGCCUGGCUUUCCUGCGCAAAGUGUACAGCAUACUUUCAGUUCAAAUUUUCUUGACUACGGUGACCUCUGCAAUUUUUCUGUACUCCAGUACUGUUCGAACUUUUGUACAUGAAAGCCCUGCUUUGCUCCUGUUAUCCUUGCUUGGUUCUUUGGUUGUGGUUGUGGCACUUACACUGUACAGACAUCAGCAUCCAGUUAAUUUAUAUCUCCUAUUUGGAUUUACCAUUUUGGAAGCCCUGACUGUUGCUAUUACAGUGACUUUCUAUGAAGUAUCAGUUGUUCUUCAAGCAUUUAUUCUGACUACUGGUGUAUUUCUGGCUCUCACUGCAUAUACUUUGCAGUCCAAAAGGGACUUCAGUAAAGCUGGAGCUGGGUUAUUUGCUUGCUUAUGGAUACUUGUCUUGGCAAGUUUUCUAAAGUUUUUCUUCUACAGUGAAGUCGUCGAGGUAGUAUUUGCUGCUGCAGGAGCUCUUGUGUUCUGUGGCUUUAUCAUCUAUGACACUCAUCUGCUAAUGCACAAACUCUCCCCUGAAGAAUACAUACUGGCGGCAAUCAACCUCUAUUUGGACAUCAUCAAUCUGUUUCUGCACCUGCUACGUUUGUUAGAAGCCUUUAAUAAAAAGUAAUUGGAAGUUGUUGAGACUUGUGAACCUGGGUGCAGCAGCUGAAGUGUUAAUUAAGAGCUAGAAAAGCUGUUGCGUUCUUUGAGAUUGAAAGCUUGUCUUUGCAUUCCAUGGUGGCUUCAAUGUUUUCUGUAUAAAGGAUGUUCUAGAGAGUUGGUGCUUAUGAUACUAUUCUGAGAUCAGCUAAUUACACAUUGCAGUCAUCUUGGCUGUUUGCUAAAGGUUUCCUUCCAUCCGUUCGCAUAUUAUUAUUGACUGAAAGACUUGCUCAUCAACUUCCAAUUGUACCAAUAAGCACUAUUAAAAUUCUCUUUUAUUUUGGCAGUAAUUGCCACAGAUGUGUCCUUUGAGAUCAACAAUUGUCACUGGUUGGAUAGCAUAAAACUCAGUCUUUAAUUUCACCAUUCAGCAUUGAAGUUUUAAAUAGCUGUGAACGUUUGUGGCGGUCAUUUGUGAAGCCCUUGCAAUCUAAGCAGUUUGAUUUGAAGGAAUAUUCCAACAAUUCUUCUAAAACUUUUAAUCUUCCUAUAGGUAGAGGAAAGGAUUGCAUUUCCAGAUAGUUUGUGUUUUGGAAUGCUUAACCUUCAUACAACCUUUGGCAUUUUGGGGAAGAAAUGUUUUGAUUUUCUAAGUAGAUACCUGCUUUUUAAUGAAUUUGGGUCUAUCUGAAGCACCAGGAUCUAGUGUUGAGUACUCCCUGCAGCAAUGGACUGCUUUGGGUUCUUUAUUCCAAUUUUGUGAACUUUAUGAAACUUAAAAUAUAUAUCUAUUCAUAUCAAAUAGUUUCUUAUGGUUCUUUUGGAAUGCUGAGAUUUGAACUCCACUUUAGUUUCCUUUGAAAGCUUUUUUGAUUGAUAUUCAGUAGGGGGUGAAAUAAUUCUGUGCCGUAUAGAGUAAUAUUUAUUGAGUGGUGUUUGCUUUGGUCAUGUAGUACAGAGUGCUGGCAGGGGAAAGGACUCAAUUACAUUCCAUCUGCUCUUCCAUUAGGAUGAUAUUUGGAAGUUACAAAAUAAAAUUUAUGAAAUGAUGA